UUGCGACUUCCUGCCAAAUAGUUGUCCCUAACAACAACGGCGCCCCACCGAGGGAAUUUCACUUCAAGGGAUCAUAAAGUUUCCUAGAAAGUAGUACUUGGUGAAAUGGGCUUUGGCCAAAGCAGAAUCAGCGGCAACUGCAGAGACUGACCGUGCAGAUUUUCUAGAGCGGACGGUGAAGACGUCCUCUCUCAACGGCAUGGACGAGUCACAAGAGGUGCCCGAGCUACCUACAAAGAAAGCUCGGCAUGAUCCAGAAGUGAGUCAGGAGGGUGAUUCACGUAGUGUUGUUGCUAAUGACAGCAGUGACUCCCCAAACCGGGAUGAAUCCUCAGCACAGUCGAAUGUCAACUCCUAUCCACCAUCAUCUGUCACACACUUGCACUCUAUUUCUGGGGCUCCAGACCAGUCUAAUCAAGAGACGAUAUCAAGAUCCCAGGGCUGUGUUGCAGAAAAUGCAUAUACUCACAAUGCAGUGACGUGUAAAGACCUCGCCACAACCACAUCAACUGAAUAUACCUCACAGAUCUACCAAGGAACCAACACCGCUGUCACCGCAUAUGCCAGUCAAGUGGCUUUCCCCUCCCUGGGCCAGUCGUCCAUGUACAGCGCCUUUCCUCAGUCCGGCCAGACAUACGGACUGCCACCAUUUGGCGCCAUGUGGCCAGGCUUAAAGACAGAGCUGCCCGAGGCGCCCUCUGUUGGUCAGACGGGAUUUCUCAGCUUCAGCUCAGCCUAUACCUCAACCCAACCCAACCAGAUCCACUACUCCUACCCCAGCCAAGGUUCCUGUUUUACUACAUCAAGUGUGUACACUAACAUCCCCCCAUCAACCGCAGUGACCACAGCUGCUGGCACACAUCAGGAGUUUACAAGUUACAACUCUGUUGGUCAGAAUCAGUUUUCCCAGUACUACGUUCCUCCUCCCAGUUACAUGUCUGCUGGGCUGCCUAGCACUGAUAGAGAUGGAGCAGGGGUGGUGGCACCUGGAUAUCCCGCCAUUAAGACAGAAGGCAGUGCCUCUGCAAACCUGCCCAACACUACUGAUGCUUCCCCAGGCGUGACGCUCCCAACCGGUGUGGCUCUCCCCGCUGGGAUGGCCCUUCCCACAGGAGCACGAGACCAAGACGAGCCCAACCGCAAAAAUCCUGCUGGCAAAGCUAAAGGCAAAGCCAAGAAAUCAGACGGUUCCCAGUCUACAGACAAUGACCUUGAGCGUGUCUUCUUGUGGGAUCUGGAUGAAACCAUCAUCAUUUUCCACUCCCUUCUUACUGGCUCAUUUGCACAGAAGUUUGGAAAGGAUCCAGCAACAGUUCUCAAUUUGGGUCUUCAGAUGGAGGAGUUGAUCUUUGAGCUUGCAGACACGCAUCUCUUCUUCAAUGAUCUGGAGGAAUGUGAUCAAGUCCAUGUUGAUGAUGUUGCCUCAGAUGACAAUGGACAGGAUUUGAGCAACUACAACUUCUCUAGCGAUGGCUUCAGUGGACCCAGUACAGGUAGUGGUCCAGGUUCAACCGCAGCGGUACAGGGAGGAGUGGAGUGGAUGCGUAAACUGGCUUUCAGAUAUCGCAGACUUAAAGAGAUCUACAAUGGAUUCAAAGGGAACGUGGGAGGUCUGCUGAGUCCAAUGAAGAGAGAUCUGCUGCUCAGACUGCGUUCAGAGAUCGAGACAGUCACAGAUGCCUGGCUGAGCACUGCUCUCAAAUCUCUAUUGCUUAUCCAGUCAAGGGGCAGAUGUAUGAAUGUUUUGGUCACCACCACUCAGUUGGUUCCUGCUUUAGCUAAAGUGCUUCUCUAUGGCCUGGGUGACGUUUUUCCCAUCGAGAACAUCUACAGCGCCACUAAAAUAGGAAAAGAGAGCUGCUUUGAACGCAUCAUCUCUCGCUUUGGGAAGAAAGUGACCUAUGUUGUUAUAGGCGACGGCCGCGAUGAAGAGUUUGCAGCAAAACAGCACAACAUGCCAUUUUGGCGAAUCUCUUCUCAUGGAGACCUGAUUUCUCUUCAUCAAGCUCUGGAACUGGAUUUUUUAUAGAUGAAGCUGGAGGUGAGACCUGGAUCUCUCCAGUUGCAUCCAUCAGCAAACCCCAUCCACCUUAACCACCACAGCCGUGGAGAAGCUGAGGUCAUCUCUGGACACUAGCAGUCACAGAUAAGAACUCAAGAAGAUCUGUGACUGGAUCUCACAAGGCCUCCAUUCCCCCAAUGGCAGCUAUCCUCCCCCUUAAGCUGAACCUUGCACUGGGACGCCACACAAGCAUACACGAGGAAAACACUGUCUCCCAAUCUCACUGCAUCUUUCUCUCAAGAAGUGGAUGUAGCUGUACCAUCAUCAACGUAACUGGAUUCACCAAAGGAACAACCCAUGACCAAAGGUCUGCACUGGCACAGAAACUUGGAAGUUUGUUGAAGCUCUGUCCUUUUCAUUUUUUUAUUUUGCAUUUUAAAGGUCUGGAGAGGAAUUUGGGGUCAUUUUUGAUUUGCACUCAUUCCAAAGGUCAGGAUUUUUGUUCUUAUAUAUGAAAUAGCAGGUUGCAUACAUUGGAACGCUCAGACAAAUGCUUAUUUCUGUUCUUAAAAGGACAGUUUACCCCAAAAUGUAAUUCAACUUUCUCGAAGGCCAUCCAAGGCUUACACAUUUUUUGGUUUUGUUUAGUUGAGCAUU